AUGUCUUCAGGCAGCAAGGUCCUGGCAGUCACUGUCUCUGGCGCGAAAGCGAUUGCUAACCACGGCCCGAAAGCAGCGGUAAUGGCUGCUACUUGGAGCGUCCAAAAUCCAGGUCUAGCUGCGUGCGGAGUCGUUGGGACUGCGGGCGCUGUUCUUAUUGCUGCUCCCAGCCUCGUUGUGGUACCAGUCCUUUCUGCAAUAGGUUUUGGGGCUGGUGGUGUUAAAGCAGCCUCCGCGGCUGCCGUCAUCCAUGGCGGAAUCGGAAACGUUGUAGCUGGGAGUUCUUUUGCCAUGGCUCAAAGCGCAGGUGCUGCAGGUGCAGGAUUAGCCACUAUCAAUGGAGUUGCCCAAGCUGCUGGACUUGCCAUGACUGCUGGUAGUGGAGGAAUUGCUUGGAUAAUGUCAAAAUUUUGA